AUGGGCUCUGGGGAAUUUUUGGGGAGGGCUGAGGGGCUGGGGGGUCUCCAGGUGCCGGGGGGGCUGUGGGGUGACCCCCCCGUGUCCCCUCAGGCGUCAGUGGUGGCCAAGUGGAGGAACCUGACGGAGGAGUCGGGACCAGGAGGAGCGGCCAGGGUGCUGGUGGGGGGCACCCGCCUGCGGGACCCUCAGGAGGCCCUGAACAAGACGGGGGGGCUGGGGCUGCUCGUGGGGCCCUUCCUGAAGGUGGUGGAGACCGACGUGCCCGGGGAGGGCAUGGCCAGGGAGCUGCGGGAGCUCCUCCGGUCCCAAACCGGGCUGGGCUGGACUAUGGGGACCCCCUGGGAGGCCUGGGGGAGCCCCCUGAGGACCCCCCAACUGCAGCUGCUGGUCUGGGGGCUCCCCGGGACCCCCGUGCUGAGCUACGGCGACGAGGUGGGGCUGGCCCGGCCCCCCGGCAGCAAGCCGCCCCCGAUGCCGUGGGAGCGAAUCCAGAAACUCCAGGAAAGCAAGAACGGCUCCGAGUGGCAGGUGCUGGAGCUGUGCCGGGCCCUGGGCGUGCUGCGGGCGGGGGAGCGGUCGCUGUCGCUGGGCGGGGCCGAGGUGUUGCCGGCGGGCGGGGCCGUGGCCGUCCUGCGCCGCUGGGACCAGAACGACCGAUUCCUGCUGGUGCUCAACCCCCGCGGGGAACCCCUGGGCCCGGUCAGCCUCCCCCAGGCCCUGCUGCCCCCCAGGGCCACCCUGCGCCUCAGCACCCACCGCAGCGGCCCCCAGAGCUCCGAGGUGGAGCUGGGGCAGCUGCAGCUGCAGCCCUACGAGGGGGUCCUGCUCAGCUUCCCCUACAACGCGUAGGGACCCCCCCUUGGCACCCCAAAAAUGUCUCCCCCCCCCCCCCCCCCCCCCCCCCCCCCCC